AGAAGUCAGGAGAAGGUACGGUCGCAGGUGGAGGAGACUAAUCGAUUAAAAAUGGCGAAGCCUCUGGGUACUACCGGCGAGUUUUUCCGGCGAAGAGAUGAAUGGAGGAAGCAUCCGAUGCUAUCCAACCAAAUGAGACACGCUCUCCCCGGUCUCGGAAUCGGCGUAGCCGCCUUCUGCGUGUACCUAGUCGGUGAGCAGAUCUACAGCAAAGCUUUGGCUCCUUCCAAAUCAUCUCACCACAAACAGAAUCAGCCUGCUCCCUCUCACUGAAUAGCAUCGAUCAGAUGCUCGAAAUAAUGGGCUUAAGAUGAACUCAGAGGCUUCUUCUCGGUUACUAUUUUUCUUCGUGGACUGUCUUAAUAAAUCUGUUUGUUGUGUUGGACACAAAGAAUUUGAUUCUCUGUUGAAUUAUAACAGCUUGUUGGCUCAAAGUUUCUCUUUUGCAUCGCACAUGUAACAUUGUUUUUGGAGUAACUUACAUAAAAAGACACUUUCUGAAUUA